AAGUGCAAAUUUGGAUUAAUUAUUUAAAAUUAAAUCAGUUAAUGGUUUCUGGAAACCAAUCUAAAACUUGAAAUUGGAUGAAUUGUUGAAAUAGAGCAGGAAAAAAUACUAAAAUUGGAUGAACGCGCAGGAAACUAUGCCAGAAACAAGACCAAAUCAGGAGUUUUGGUUCAAAAGUUCACAGAAGGAUAUAAGUUUUGAAGAACUUUAUCAAGUUGGCUCUGAAAUUGGAAGGGGGGCAACAUCAAUCGUACACAAAUGCAAGCAAAAAGGAACUGGGAAGGCUUAUGCUGUUAAAAUGAUCCCGAAAAGUAUUGAGAAGAAAAUCGUCGGUGCUGAGGUUGGAAUUCUACUCACAUUGAAACAUCCAAACAUUAUCAAACUCAAGGACAUAUUUGAGACGCCCGAACAUAUUUAUCUUAUCCUGGAGUUGGUGACUGGAGGGGAGUUAUUCGAUAGAAUCGUAGAACGUGGAUACUACAGUGAACUGGACGCCGCUCAUGUUGUGAGACAAGCAUUAGAAGCUGUCGCUUAUAUCCAUGACAACAACAUCGUACACAGAGACUUGAAGCCUGAAAACCUUUUGUACUCGGACGAAACUGACAAUGCAGCACUUAUGGUUGCGGAUUUUGGACUUUCAAAAAUCAAUCAAAACAGUUUACAAUUGAAGACAGUCUGCGGAACUCCAGGAUAUGUCGCUCCAGAGGUUUUGCUCGGGAAGAAAUAUGGAAGUGCAGUGGAUAUGUGGGCCAUUGGUGUCAUCACCUAUAUAUUGCUUUGUGGUUAUGAACCAUUCUACGACGAGAGAGGUGACAAGGCUAUGUUUCGAAAGGUAUUGAAAGGAGAAUUUGAAUUUGAUUCACCAAAUUGGGACGAAAUUUCUGGAAAUGCAAAAGAUCUGAUUCGAAGACUGAUCGUCUUGGAACCUUCAGAGCGCUUGACUGCAAGACAGGCUUUGAAGCAUCCUUGGGUCAUGGGUGAGGCUGCAAACUAUGAGCAUAUGGAGACAACCGUCACAAGAUUAAAAACAUUCAACGCCAAAAGAAAGUUGAAGGCUGUCUUCAACGUUGUGGCAGCAUCGAAUCGCAUGAGUGCACGCAGCCCGAGCACUUCGACAGAAGAACCAGUGAAGCUUACUGAUGAAUGAUUAUGACAUCACAGAGGGCACUGACUAUUACAUCAUAAACAUCUAUGACUCACAAUGCUCUAUAAAUAUGAUGUAACAAUGGUAGCAGAAGACAGUAUUAGAUUUUAGCCUUUUUAGCGUAGAGUUUUAUUGUAUCAUGUACAUUUGUGUUUUUUAUCCUUUUUAUCACUUGAGGGAGCAAGAACUUAUUUUAGGGCUCUAUAUCACUUUGUUUAAUCUGCACUACUUUUUUAUUUUUUGGGAUGACUAAGGACCAAAAUGAAAUUUACUUAUUUUGAAUCUUUAUCAUGUUAUCGCCCGCAAUCGACCUGGAAAAAAUUCCGUCCAACUCGCGCUUUUUUGAUUUACGAGCUGUUGAAUGUGACUUGUAAUAUUUUACUGACAUUUGUUUUAGACAAACUACCAGACUUCAAACUUUUUGCAGGUGCUCCCGAAGUAUGUGUACCAGGUUGGGCGCCAUCUUGGUACACAUACUUCCGGAGCUCCCUUUUGCCUUAUGGUGAAUAUGACCUCUCGUUUUUGAACAUUCAGAAAGUUAUUAUUUUGAUCAGUUCUGCGUCUAUUACAAAAAUCAGCCUGGUAUCACAAGAUAUAACAACCAAUUUUUAGGGGACAAUUUAGGCCUUCACUGUUUUGACAAUUUCUUAUGUAAUAUUUAGUGCAGGGGUUUCUAAGCUUUUUUCAGGACGACCCCAAAGACAACUUUCAGGUGUCCAGUGCGACCCCAGGUCAAUAUAUAUAUUUUUCAUGAAACUUUAAAGCUUCUUUUACUGGACUUUUAAGUUUGGUCAUGUGGUGGUAUUAAGUAAAAUAAGCUGAAACCAAAAUAUGAUGUCACAAUAAGCACCUACAUUUUCUAUAGCAUAAGCAUAGAGCAAUGCAUAUGGGCCUGUUAUACAUUAAGCCAUGGUACAAACUGCUGAAUUUAACACAGUUUGUCAAAUCUAAGAUGUUUUGCACAUCCAUCCAUCCUUGACCAUACCUCAGCGACCCCACCUACUUAUCACUCCGACCCAAUUUGGGGUCGCGACCCCUGGUUUGGGAACCCCUGAUUUAGUGACUAGUCUGCAAUUCGUUUGGUCUCUACAUUUGUGAAAAAUAUCAGUGUGAUAGUUAUUGAGAUUUUUUGUAAUAUCAUGUCAUUAUCUGUAGUAAAUAGGUUACUGUUAUGUCACUAUAGCAAUUGUUAUGUAUUUUUUGUCACAAUAGCAAGGAUAAAUUUUACCUCAAAUUUAGGAGGGGGCUUCCCCAUCAUAUCUAAUAUGCACACAAUAGCAUGACAGAAGCUGAACUAAACCUCCACAAUUUUGUCACUUGCAAAUUUAUGAGCAAAUAAUUUUGAUUUUUCCAACCAAAAUGUCCAUGGGCUCAAAAACAAUGGUGCUUGCAAAUUCUUUCGCGAUACGAGGAAAAUAAGGAUUUUUUCAAAUGUCCAGAAACAUCGAGUAACUCAGAUGUUUUGUAUCACACUUCAACAACUUUUAUUCUGUAAUGUUUUGACUGACAUGGGCAUGUAGAUAUAAGUAAAAUGUUCAUGGACGUAAUAAGGUGUAGCAUGAAACUUCUCUAGACAAUCUGUGUAAAAUGAACUUUUGGAAGAAACAUAUGAUUCAAAUCUAUUGCAAAACACAUAUUUAUUCCGCUUUAGUUGACAAAAGACAAGCAGUUUGAACAAUGAUAAGGAAAGUUCAUUCAUAUGGUCCAAGAGGUUCUAUCAUGGAAAUUCAUAAAACUUUGUUACUUUGAUUUAUAUAUAUGUUACAUUAUUAUGGUAUGUCAUUUUGCACAACUGUAGAUUUGAGUGGUAUCAAAGACAGCAGAAGAUGUGCCCCCCCCCCUCCCAACAGCGGCAGUCGCAAUAAGCUUAAGCCAUGUUCUGAUUGAAUAUUUCAGUGUAUGCGCAAAAUACUGCUUAGUAAAGCUUCGUUAUGAGUUUAGCUUGAACCAUAAAAUCUCAAUGAACAAACAGUCCCCCCUUGCCGUUUUCAGAAUUUCAUAAAACUUUAUUUGAACAAUUUCGCCAUCUUGCUAAUAUUGUUUGGUGCACAUUUUGGAAUACCCAUCGUAAUUACUUUUAAUUGAAUAAUUUGACAGCUUUAUAAAAUGAAAACAAGAGUUUAAUUUGGCUCGAACUUCUGACUUAUAAAACUCUAAAAUACACCUUUACAAGUUUAAAUUUUGAUUCCAGUAUAUUUGAAGUUACAACACCAACUCUAGCUUGGUUUGAAUUAAUAGAAAUGUUCUCACAUCAGUGGUGCUUGCAACACUUCUAUCUUCUUUCCAAUUUUAGUUGAAAGCUUGGUGUCUUUGAAAGCUGUAUAAAAAAAUGCAUGUGUACCAUCUAUAAUUACAAAAGGCUAGAAUUUUAGUUUGCCUUGAAUUCAGAUUUUUUACCAAAAUGUUCACAUUUUUAUUCUCUAUUUGUGUGAUAUUUCUUCAAUAAAAGUUUCGUCCAGA